GCUUUGACGACUGUACGCGGUACGCGCAACGGAGCACAGUGGCACAAAACGAUUAAAAAACUUGAAAAACUAAAACUCAUUGUGUGCUUACAAUUUUAACAGCCCAGACAAAUAAGUGCGUGUCAUUUUAAAUCGUAAUGAUUGCAAAGCUAUAAAACUGAAGCGAUAAAAUUGUCAUAAAAUGCAAAUAAAUUGAACGUAGUCUAAUCUAGCCACAUGCAGAAUGCGCAAAAGUAGUCAACAACUAGCCGAGUAGUAAAACUCAAAGACACGCUAUAAAGAGAGCGAAGAGAGAGAGCGCCAAGGAGAACUUUUUAAGAGGGCGCAUGAGCGAACGAGUUAAGCAGUAAGAGCGCCACUGUGCGCGCAUGAAAUGAGCGUUAAUUUAAAAGAACGUUACACAGCCGAGGCCAGAUCAGUCAGUCACUGACAACGAACCCACUACGAUCGAAGCGGGUAUAUACGAAAAUUAUAAAAGCGCCCAACAAUUAUAGCUUGGCAUUAAAUUUGGAAUAUUAACUAAUUAAAAACGCAUUGGGCACAACGCGUCUGUACACAGACACACAGACAAAAUGCGCGACGCGACUAAUGAAGAGCGCGACGACGCCCCCGCAGUGGCAACGGAGCGCAACGCCAACAGCAGCAGCAACAACACAACAACAACAGCAACAACUGCUGGACAGCGUCGCAUGCUGCGGCAAAUGAUUCUGGAGCUGCUCAUCAUAGUGCUGCUGUUGAUACCCAUAGCAAUCUUUGAGUUUGCAGUGGAGCCGGCGCGACGUGGCUUCUUUUGCAAUGAUGAGAGCAUACGUUAUCCAUAUAGGGAGAAUACAAUAACACCGCUGAUGCUGGGACUUAUGGCUGGAGUGUUGCCGCUGCUCAUCUUUGGACUGGUGGAGUACACACGCGCCCUGCGUGAUCGCGAGCUGACUUCGACGGUGCAGUUGCUCAACUGGCAGCUCGCCGGCUGGUUCUCAGAGCUUGGACGCCAGUUGAGCUACUUUGGCUUUGGCAUGCUGCUCACAUUCGAUGCCACCGAGGUGGGCAAAUACACAAUUGGACGUCUGCGUCCUCAUUUCAUGGCUGUGUGCCAGCCACAGCUAAGCGAUGGCAGCCUCUGCAGCGAUCUGGCCAAUCAGCAUCGCUAUGUGGAGGACUAUGAAUGCGCCGGCGAGGGCUACACCGUAGCGGAUGUGCGGCAGGCGCGUUUGAGCUUUCCCAGCGGCCACUCCAGCAUUGCUUUCUAUGCUUUGCUCUAUGUUGCGCUCUAUCUGCAGGUGAAGCUCAACUGGCGCAGCUGCAAGAUUUGGCGACACUUUGUGCAGUUUGUGCUCAUCAUGCUGGCCUGGUAUACAGCUCUGAGUCGCGUUAUGGACAACUGGCAUCACUGGUCUGAUGUAUUAGUGGGCUCACUCUUGGGCAUCUGUGGCGCGCUCAUUACCGCUCGCUAUAUAGCAAAGCUAUUCAGUCACGAUGUGCUGCUUGGCGUCGGACUGCGGCGGGAGAACACCUCAGCUACUCUUCAGGAGGAAGUGGGCGCCAGCACGCCGCCGCCUUAUAGUGUCAACAGCAGCUACAACGACGAUCAGUAUUGUACCAAGGUAUAGCUUGGCCAUAACGAAGCCCAACCACAACCACACCCACCAAUGCAAUCCAAACAUUCCAAAGCAAUUAACACGCUCUUCAAGUACUAAAUAUAUACCCAGUGUGCUGCAUGAUAACGAGUUUGUUAUUAAUUGUAUCUAUUAUUUAUAGAUAACAUAGACGUAGUCGUAAGACUCCCAGUAUUAGUUUUAACAGUAGUUGCUAGUUAACUGUCCAAUCAUUCUCGCUUGCAUUUGUAAAAUAUUCAUUUUGUAUUUGU